GUUGACAUUACAUCAGGCAGAUGUUUAGUCAGCAAACUCGGUGACGGGUCCUUAACUCUGAGCGGCGGUUGUAGUGGCUUGUCGGCGGGGGCUCGGCGCUAGUGACGGGGCAGCCGUGGCAGAGACGCGUCGGAGAAAGCCCGAUAUCACAAACUACAGCAAUACAACGUGCUGUCCUUAGACCCUCAUCGGAUAAGGAACAACUCCCUAACAGGAAAAAAACAAAAGAAGAAGAAAACCCAGGGAGCGCAACAGAGGAGGAAUCUCUCUCCCAAGACGGACAUAGACAAAUAUGGCUUCCAUGCUGCUGAACUCGGUGCGGAACUGCCCAGUGAGCCCUACCUGGGCAGCACAGUUUGCAACUCGCUCCCUCAGUACAACAGCCCAGCUCCAUGUUCAGGCUCAGACCAAGAGCAAGAAGACGCUGGCCCGGCCCGGAGUGAAAAACGUAGUUUUGGUAGAAGGAGUCCGUACCCCUUUUCUGCUCUCUGGGACCACGUAUAAUGACCUGAUGCCCCAUGACCUGGCCCGAGCCUCCCUACAGGGGCUGUUGAACAAGACGGGGAUCCCCAGAGAUGCUGUAGAUUACAUCAUUUAUGGAACGGUCAUCCAGGAAGUCAAGACCAGCAAUGUAGCAAGAGAGGCAGCACUGGGUGCAGGCUUCUCUGAUAAGAUUCCAGCCCACACUGUCACCAUGGCCUGUAUCUCCUCUAACCAAGCCAUGACCUCAGCGGUGGGUCUGAUUGCUGCAGGCCAGUGUGACGCUGUCGUAGCAGGCGGAGUGGAGUUCAUGUCAGACGUACCCAUCCGCCACAGUCGUAAAAUGAGGAAGACCAUGCUCUCUCUCAACAAGGCGAAGACCGUGGGCCAGAGGCUCAGUCUGAUUGGCAGCAUCCGACUUGCACACCUCUCCCCAGAGCUUCCUGCUGUGGCUGAGUUCUCCACAGCAGAGACCAUGGGCCACAGCGCUGACCGCCUGGCCGCUGCCUUUGGGGUGUCCCGUCUGGAGCAGGAUGAGUUCGCGCUGCGCUCUCACACCUUGGCCAAGAAGGCCCAGGAGGGUGGCCUUCUGCAGGACGUCAUCUCCUUUAAAGUGCCUGGUCGUGACAUCGUCUCCCAAGACAACGGCAUCCGCCCAUCCUCCAUGGAACAAUUGGCCAAGCUGAAGCCAGCAUUCGUCAAGCCCCAUGGAACGGUCACAGCCGCCAACUCCUCAUUCUUGACUGACGGUGCCUCUGCUGUGCUCAUCAUGUCUGAAGAGAAAGCUCUGGCCAUGGGCUACAAACCUAAAGCAUAUCUUAGAGACUUUGUGUAUGUGUCUCAGGACCCCAAAGACCAGCUGCUGUUGGGGCCAACGUACGGUACACCCAAGGUCCUUGAGCGUGCUGGGUUGACCAUGAAUGACAUUGACGUCUUUGAGUUCCACGAGGCAUUUGCAGGUCAGAUCAUGGCUAAUCUGAAGGCUAUGGACUCAGACUGGUUUGCUCAGACGUACAUGGGCAAGAAAUCAAAGGUCGGGACUCCACCCUUGGACAAGUUCAACCUGUGGGGAGGCUCUCUGUCUCUGGGUCAUCCUUUCGGAGCCACCGGCUGCCGACUGGUGACCACGGUGGCCCACCGGCUGCAGAAGGAGGGCGGGCAGUACGGCCUGGUGGCGGCAUGUGCAGCCGGCGGACAGGGUCAUGCCAUGGUGAUCGAGGCCUACCCCCAGUGACGCACACGGCUGAAACACACAACGCACAACUCUACAAGCAAAUCAGCAUGCAGCAACUGUACAUACCAGCACCACUUUGCCUUGUACGGAGGGAGGAGGACCGAGGGAGGAGGACCGAGGGAGGAGGACUGAAUCAGAACAGAGUACUUUAUUCAUCCGCGAGGGGAAAUUUGGAGGGAGGAGGACUGAGGGGGGGGGACUGACUGAGGGGGGGUGGGGUGUGUGUGUGUGUGUGUGUGUGUGUGUGUGUGUGUGUGUGUGUGUGUGUGUGUGUGUGUGUGUGUAAAGGACUGGAUGUAAAUGUAUCUUUGCCUAAUAUCUGUUAACUUCCAGAGUAUUCUCCAGUUCUGUUGUCAUGUGGGCUCCUGGGCUGGUGGCGGCGGCCAGGGGGCAGUAGUGAGCUGGUUGACCCUGGCUGAUGGUCUCACGGCCAUGAGGUCAACACGAGGAGGUGUGGACAUGGAGGACAGCUGUCUGUCGAGAUGCUUCUAACGACUGCUGUUUGCUGUAACAUGACUUGUUUUCUUACAUUUGAAAUUAAAUAACCUUCUGUUAACGAUGA